GAUUUGCCGCGGUCAGUGCGUCGAGCCUUGCGACGACGGCCACCAUGGGGCUGGUGGCCAUGCCCGAAAUGCGCAAGCACAAUUACAACGUGUCGAUGGCGUCCGGCAGCGUGGUGGCCGGCGGAACCAUCGGUUCGCUGAUCCCGCCGUCUGGCAUGUUCAUUAUCUACGGCAUCCUGACCGAGACCUCGAUCGGCAAGAUGUUUGCCGCCGGCAUCAUACCGGGCAUCCUGCUGGCCCUGUUUUACAUGAUCGCCAUCGCUAUCUGGUGCCGGCUCGAUCCUAAUGCCGGGCCGCGGGGCCCGAAAUAUACGCUGAAGGAAAAGCUCUGGAGCUUUACGCGCACGGGCGAGGUUAUCGUGCUCUUCGCGCUGGUGAUGGGCGGUAUCGUCUUGGGCUGGUUCACCCCCACCGAGGCCGGGGCAAUCGGGGCGUUCGGGGCUAUCGUCGUAUCGGUGGCGCGCCGUCGGCUGACCUGGGCUGCGGCCAGGACCGCCAUUUAUUCGACCCUCAAGACCACGGGCAUGAUUUUUGGCAUCCUGUUUGGCGCGUUGGUCUUCAACUCGUUCAUCACCGCAAGCACCAUCCCGCUCAACAUCGUCAACUUCGUCACCGACAGCGGUCUGCCGCCCAUGGCGGUGCUGUUUCUCGUCCUCGGAGUCUAUUUCGUGCUCGGCAUGGUGCUCGAUGCUUCAGCGAUGAUGACGCUCACCAUACCGCUCUUCUUUCCGCUGAUGAUGAAUUUGGGGUUCGACGCCAUUCUCUUCGGCGUGCUUGUGGUUCGUAUGACCGAGAUCGCACUGAUCACGCCACCGGUGGGCAUGAACGUCUAUAUCCUUUCAGGGGUGGUCAAGGACAUUCCACUUGAAAAGAUAUUCAAGGGCGCACUGCCUUUCGUCGCGGCGGACAUUCUCCACGUGGCCAUGCUUCCCCCCGCCAAACGCGGCUGGGGCCUCGUGACCACCACGGGGGUCCUCACCGGCUUCGGUCACGGUUUCGUGGCCUUCGCAGUCUCGGCGCUGCUCAAGCCGAUCGCACUCGACCUUGAGACAAGUCGCGGUGCUGUUUCGACCGCCAUCGGACUGGGCCGCCUGGCGUCCGGUAUCGCUUCGCCGAUCGUCGGGCGCGCUACCGAUCGUUCCGGAGCCCGCGGCGUUGUUGUCUUGGGCAUGGUGCUGACGGCGCUCGGACUUGUUGCGCUGGGGUUCGUCCAGACCGAAGCUACCCUCUAUCUCGCGUGGUCGGUACUGGUUUCGGCCGGCGUGGCUGCGGGCUUCACGGUUGCGCUCGACAAACUUGUGGUCGCGUCGAUCAGGGAAACGCGCGGCAUGGCGCUUGCCAUGCGAUUCUCGGUGGCCGCGGUCGUUUCGACUUUGCUUGUCCCCUUCGUCACGGUGCUGGUCGACACCGUCGGUUGGCGCAACACCUGCUCUAUCUGGGCGCUGGUGAUUCUGGCACUCUUGCCCAUUCCGCUUUUGACGUUCGAGAGGCACACCCCGCCACAACCGCCAGCAAGCGGGAUCGCCAAAAAUUCGGCAGGCACGGUCCGCUCGAUUCUCGUUCAGCCGGCCCUCUGGCUGAUUGCCUUUGCGUUCAUGGCACAGGCGGCGGUUGUGACCGGGCUUUCGGUGCACCUGGUUCCGCUCAUGACCGACAACGGCCUGACCGCCACAGUUGCCGGCACGCUGUUCGGCGGCAUGAUCCUGCUGUCCGUGCCGGUACGGCUUCUGGCCGGAGUGGUGGCCGACCGGGCGCCGAUCAGUGUCCUGCCGAUUUUUCUUGCCAUCCUGCUUGUCCUCGAAGCC